AUGUAUGACUCUCGACUGGAGUGCGACCCGACUCCCGUACGCCUCACUGCAAAAUGCAGGCUGAUCAAAGACUUCAUGAAAUGCACUACCAAUGAAUUGCUACACAGCCCGCCAAAGGCGGAUGGAACGAUAUUAAAUAACAGUGACGCAAAUGGAAGCACCGAAAGUAAAGUUUUGGCAGAAAGAAACGCCGAAAUGACUUUUGAGGCGUCGCUAUUGGCGGGUAACAAUCUCCUACGCCUCAGCCUUGUGUCCUCCAAAAGAAGGCAAAAAUUCGUCUAUAAGUCUCAAAGGCUCGGAGAAGCCUCUUUGUUGGAGAGUGCUGCCUGGGCAAGCAACGCGCGAUGGAUAUAUAAUUGCUUUUUCUACCCUGCCAACAAGGUCGCCUCAUGCAUCCUAUUUGUAUUGAAACUUUUCCGCGGUCUGCGGCGUACCGGCUUGAGGUAUCGCAAUUUAAGGGUCGAACAGGAUACAUAUUCCUCUUCGAAGCGGAGAGAUCAAAUGGAUGACGUCGAGAGGAGGCUACAUAUUCAUUCCAAAGAAGAUGAUGAGCGGGUGAAGAUAAUGGAAGUGAAGGGUGAAGCGUCGAGGUGGAGGUGCCAGAAGAUUAAAGGAUCAGCAUUAGCUCAGCUAGCUCAGCUGGGGUGA